AUGCUCCCGGGACGUCCGGCCACAGACAUCAGCUUUACUUUCACUGAUUCAGCGUGCAAUGUCGCGAUCCGAUCGGUCCUACUUUAUGAACCAAAGACAUGGAUGCUGCGUUUUGAGGACCUCCGAAGAACACCUGUGUUUGAACAUUGGUACCUUCGAAGUGUUGCACUGGUUUGGUGGGAACAUCGGAUCAGUAAUGUCGAUGUACAGCAGAUGAUUUUCGGGAAAGUCCACUCUCCGAUAGAUCGGCUGGUCCCACUCCACAGGUUGCUCUGUUUAGGCCAUGUUCUCAGCAUGCCAGAGUACCACCCGCCGCGCAGAACCCUUUCGCCUAGCCUUGUGUCGGAUGGAGAGGGUGCCAUUUUGAGAACGGAUUUACGCGGCAUAUCUCUCAGCGUGCUUGAGGAUAAGGUUAUUGACCCAAUACGACUUGCAGUCGAGUCCUCUGAUGAACAAAUUGGGUGUCAGGCGCUUAAAUGUCUUCAGGUAUGCAUUGAGGUUUGCAGCAGUCCCACGACCUCACCCGACUCCAUGGUGAUACGUGUUUCACAGUGCACCGUUAAGCAGAUUCUGGAAACGGCUACACUUCUAUUCUCUCGGUCAGAACCUGAACAGCUUCAGUCACUUGCUUCGACCGGUCCUGCAUUGAAUCAUCCAGCGUGCCUGCCUGAUUUACUGUUGUCACCAACCAUCGAGCCAGGGUCUUCUGCUGUUCUACGUGACGAAAUUCCGAAGGAUAGUGAUGCCAGUCACUUAACAGCAUUGUCAAGACGACGCAGUUUGUUUCUGGUCGUCGGUUACCUCAUUGACAGGUUGCGACUGGAGGUUGCGAAGGAUAAAUCGUCAAGCACUACACUUAUUUUAUUACUUGACUCACUGUUGGCCGUCCUAAAAGUCUUGCCUUCGGGAACCGUGAGGUAUCAGCACUUCACCGAUCUAAUAUGGAGGGAUCUCUGCCCGUCUCUUGUGUCCAUCAUGCAGUCAAAGUCUCUUGGCUGUCAUCCUCUCCAGCCUUCUAACGGCUCGCUUGAAGUUGGCCGUGGGUCAGGGGCUGAGAGCCUGACAAGCCCCUUUCCCUGCACUGUGCUGGUCAUGUGUUACAAAAUCUCCGUGCGCCUCAGUGAACUGUUCGGACCCAUUUUGGAUAUGCGUUCGAUGCUGGAAUCACUGUUUCAUGCGAUGCUUUUGUAUCCUCCUCCGAAACAGCGGCUGGAAGCUUUCCGUGCAAUUCAAACGAUGCUAUCUUCAACCCAGCCGCUGAUGCUCAUCACGCUUCCAUGUUGGACUGUGGUGUCCAACGGCUCGUUAGAAGAACCUCUCAACACAUUCCACAUGGUUUCUCAGUGGUCGUCUGACAGUUAUCACUCUCCAAUCAAUCCACCGUUCCGUCUUUUGAAAAUAAUUGUGGACUCUCUUUGUCAGUCUUUGGCUUUUGGUGGUCUGGGUACGGUGUUUCAGGCAGCCGUCGAUUGCUUGUCAAAUCUCGUUCGUUCGCUUGACUGUAUGUCACGGGGCGAAGGAUCUGAGUUGUGGUCGAAGCACCCCCUAGUGUCCACACAGGUCAACCUAGCGAUCUGUCAGCGUGGUAAGUUUAACGCCUUCAAGCAAGUUAUCCGUGGUCCUCAUCAUUUGGUAAAGUCUUCAGGAAUCGUUUCUCCCCUCACUUCAGAUAUCCUUCAACUCCCGUCAGAAAUUAUUGUCGAAGAAACCGGGGAUAUCAACGAAAAUGCGCAACCACGAUGCUCCACAUCAACAACGCCUACUGAGCAGGAUCAUCAACUUGGUCAAAAGUACAUAGCUGCUCUGGAACGACUCCUUCCCUCGUUAUUACCUAUUAGUACCUUGACAGAAUUGGAUCAGGUAAUCCAAGGAUUCUCUUCUGACUUCUGUGCACAAUUGUUAUCCGGGCGCCACGAUUCAAAUUCCCUGUUUCCUACUCAUUCCUGCGCCCGCGAUGUGCGGAACCCGAUUAUGAAUGCCGAUGCGAUCUACGUGACUACCUAUGCAACUCUGAGUCUUAAUUUACGGCUUCUUUUGUGCGAUUUCUAUAAGAAACCGUCUGAGCUUAUGUCUCUGGAAGUGAAUCAAGAAUCAUUCGUCAAUUCGGUACUCGAGCACAGGUUACUGGUGUUCCUGCCGGCUGGCUUUCUGGUUCAAGUAUUUCAAAUGGUUGCGGCACACAAUUACUUGGGAUCGGCGGGUUUCAACUUUUCAGCCACUGGUUCGGAAAGCAAUUACUUUCGCUCAUUGGCUGAGCAGCAAUUUCAGGCUCCUGGGCAUGCACUUUACGCUCUGCUGACUAGUUCAGUUGUUUUUUGUGAAGAUCGGACCAGAACUUGUUCUGAGCAUCGUCCUAUCAGUACUCCGCUGUCUGCCAGUCGGAUUCUGGCCAGUUGCAUCUGUUGUGUGAUUUGGCAGCCUCUGUUGGAUGGGUUUCGUGGAAUGCUAUCUUUACCCGGACUACUGGACUCUCCCCUCACUAGUCACAGUCUCAGCGAAACAUGUUCUUUUGUCGGUAAAAUCGAGCGGUUCCCCGUCAACGCCGAGGUACUUUUGAUGAAUCGUCUGCCACAAAGCAUUCGGGAGCAUCUAGACUCACUGGAGAUCGCGCAACACCAAAUUAUCUCGCGCUUGUUUGAAGCUUUGAGGUUGGUAUAUCGGCUUGGUCUUCGAGGUGAAUGUCACCGAAUGCUUGAAGAAUUGGUUUCCUUCCUUACCCAGUCCUCCGAACGACCGUUGUUAAACGUAGAAACAACAUUUAAUGAUUCGAACCCUGCUGAUAAUUUUGGACGGCAAGUUAUAUCUGUACAUUACAUUCAGAUCCACUUACUACACCAGCUGCUCUCUAUGUACAAAGAAGUGGAUAUGAUUUCAGAUCAAAUAUUUUGGAUCAGCAUUUUCAGAGCUUGUCGGCUUAUUUGUUGGUUGGAACACUGCAACUUCGUUAGGUCAAACGCCCAACGGGGAGGAGAUCUGGUGGGUUAUCCUGAAUACUCUGACGGCGGAGAUCUUAAUCCUUUGGAUGCUGUCCACAAGUGGUUAAGGGAAACUCAGCUGAAACAUGCUUCUAAUAUGGGUUUCAGUCCAUCCAAGGAGAGAGUAAUUCUCGGUUCUGCUGGAAUACUCGACUCGGAUAAUGUGGAUCGUGUCUUGGGGCUGUUGUCCCGUGCUGUUGAACAACUAAUUGACGGAGCAGCGCUUGAUUUUCCCCUAGAGAAGCUGUUGUGUUUUGCUGGAGCCCUAAUUGCUACACUAAGGAAGUCGGAUAAAUACUUAGAUUCCGGCCUACAUUCUGCUCUGUUAUUCGAUCCUCUCGUUGAUCGUCUCUGUCAGCUGUUGAUUUCGUCUUUCUUCAACUCCCAACGACCUCUGAUCCAUCUAAUUUACCUGUGGGCCUUAGUUGCUGAUCCGUUGAUGUCCGUUUGUUACGUUCAAUCAAAGUCUUGUGUCACAGGGUCUGAGGAACAGCGCCUACUCCAUCAACGAGUCCUCGCUUGUCUCCAUACUUGCAUCGCCACUCAAAUCACCACUUAUCCGGAGUUUCCCCAUUUCAAUGUCAACGAGGCCUUAUUGAAACCAUUUGAAAAUUCACUCAAUUUAGAGCGCUGUGAUGGUGAAAUUCAAGAUCGAAUCGUUUCUUGCUUGUGUGAGCUUAUUGAAACGAGCGGCGAAUAUCUUCGAUCAGCUUGGCGCCCACUAUUCCGCGCUCUGCGUUCCGUUCAGCUGAACUUCCUCUUCCCCUUGAGAAUUGUGCCAGGGGACCGUUACGCUAGCGCUCGCUCUCAUUUGUCCACGAUCAGACAGCUGUUCCAUCGGCUUCGGAGUCCAUCUGGAUCAAUGAAAGCGGUACAGUACAAUGGUAGUAUUGUAGCUGACGAAACCGAGCAUGAGGUGGCCUCUUGUGCAAAACACAUUGGAACUGUAAUGGAAGUUUUUGAGGUUUUCCUGGCGACUACCAACAUUCAAGUAUUCUGUGAUGCCGCAGUGGACUGUGUCUUGUGUCUACUCCACUACGUAAAGGAAGGAUCUACACAGUCUGUCGUUGAUUGCGGGGAUGAAUCGUUCGCUGAGUCCGAUCUGAAUACGUUUGAGAACUUUGUGCACAUGACCGACGAUGGACCUUGCAGCUCGGCAAUAUGUCUAACAGGUGGUCAAGGUGAUUUACUCCACAAUCUUUUCGAACCUGUCAUGGUUUCAAACCAGCCCGAAACUGAAAAUUCAGAUGGUCCGAACACUAUGUUCAUAUCAGCACUUAACAGUUUAAUCCGUUGCGUCUGUUGGCUCGAAAGGCUUUGGACCAUGCACGAAGUCCCGUGCCUACGAGAUGCACUCCGACAAACGGAACUUCACUGUGGGCGAUUUGUAACAACCGGCGAUACUUCGUCUGUUUUAGACUCCGUGUUUCAGACCGAUUUGGCUGAUCUGGCCGCACUGGACAACGCCAGCGGCAUCCUACAUUUGUAUUUUCUUAUUGUCCGCCAACUUACCCAACUGCUAGGCCACUGCACGGCCCCAACCCAACGACGUAUUCUUAUGGAUCAUGUCAUCAAGCUUGUUCAUGCGGCGCCUCUCAUAUUCGCUGAAGAUUCACAAUCAACCAGUCCUAGUGCGGAAUCCGUCUUUGCUGUCCUGAUGGCCCAUCGCAUUCUUAUACCUGGUUUAAAGGAAUGUAUAUGCCAUUAUCUGGCCGUCCGCUCCACUUCGGACGUUCGUGCCGUAUCAUUCAAAAUGAAAACCAACGGGAUCUGUGUAUGCAGUGAUGAGAGUCCUCAAACUCAACUCUCUCCCUCUCACUCAAGCUCCGAUAAUCCGCUGAUCGGCUCGGUAGGCUCACCGGGUUUUGGAGAUUUACGUUUCAUCCGACUGUUUCUUGGACAGGCUGCUGAAUUAGUUAUGGAUUUCGUGAGACAGUUCGCUAUGGAUCCCCUCGUUGCUGAUCAUGUUCGUCAGUUGUUUGAUGGAUGGCUACAACUAUUACACGUUGCCAUCGAAUCUGUACAAUGCCCUCUAUCUCAUCUUGGAGCGGCUUGCAUGGGACACACGCUGCUACACCACGGCUUUUGUCUUCCACCUUCCUACUGGCUUUCGGCUAUUGAUCAUCUUCACAAGGCCUUGGAAUCUACCUUUUCUCCAGUUGAACACUUAAUAUGUGAGAAUCCAAGUAUUCAUACUUACUCCCUAAUUCGUGUGGAAUACUUAUGCCCACAAGACACUAAUCGAACAAAGUAUAUUCGACUCCUCGGGCAGAAAUUAUUUUCCCGCACUCCUGGUACAAACUCAUCGACGUCUUGUGACUACCCUACUGAUGAAGAAGUGGAUUCGCCUACGUUGUCCUUCGAUAAACGAAUUGCGACGCAGUUUCAAGAAAUCGAUGAAACGACUCACACCUUGGUUAUACGUCCGAAACUUGAAGAUAUUGUACGUGGCCUAAUAAGCCAUGGUAUUCUUUCGCAAGUGGUGAUACUCCUCUUAAUCCCCAAAUCUCUUCCCACGCAUUUGUUCAUGCCGCUCAAGGGACCGUUCCCACUACAGUCCGAAUGGGGACAUGUUGGCAUCCCUGAGUCUCACCCGAUUUCGCUAGAAAAUUUGUAUACGCUUCUCAUACCCUGUCUUGUUCGGAAGUUCAAUGUAUGCAUGCAAAUCACACGGUGUGGCUGGCUUCGAACUACUGUCCAAAAAAUGUACGAGCUGCCUGCCGACUGCAAUCUGUCGUCCCAGGCAACUGAUUCUCUGUCUCUUCUGCUACGUAUUCUCGUCCAACUCUUUUUCCGACACAAUUCAAGGGACUCGCGAUGCAACGUCCCGAUUCCCUGUUUAACAUUCACUUCCGACGGGAACGCUCUCGUGUUAUCCGAGUUUGGUACGACGUCAUCUGUUUUAGCAGACUCACUUUCUCGUGUCUUAUGCUUCUUGAUGAGGCUUUACAAGCCAUACGACGUUCAGGAUCCAAAGAUAUUGGAUAAAACUAUGUUAAGGGAGUCUCCCAAAGGUCCUGUCGGUCUAUUGCCAUGCAAGCCUUCUAAAGAAUGUUGGGAUACUGAUGGCUUUCUAUCGGUACUCACGGAAUUCCUUGAUUUCGUGCUCCAAAUAAUCCGUCAUGUUGAGGCUUAUCCAGAAAAAUCGUGCAAUGAGAAUGAUACUCCAGAUUCAUCACUGUUUUCGAACGCAGCUGACCUUGUUUCAAUAUUCACAGAUACGUUGUUGCCGUUUGUCGACUUUCCUUCACCAGGAACGCACGAAAAUGUGAAACGGGUCAUUUCUGAGUUGGCUACUGUUUUGAAGUUUAAGCUCUAGUCAUGUGCACCUAGUCCGUGUCGUUCUAACCAUUUUUGAUUGAACUGUGAGAUCACCUGAUGCAUUUAGAUCCCGAUUUGAUUUUGCAUUCUUGCUGACAUGCCUAUCACCCAAAUCUCCACCGGCCAAUCUGCAGGACCACUGCCCACCUCGACUCCAGUGCUAGUCUAUUCCAUUUACUUAUUUGCCUUCAAACUUCUUGUCUUUGCAUUUACGAAGAGCAUAAUUUUGUUGUGAUGUCUGGUGCAUCGUUUUGUUUUUUCUUGAUCCUCAUUUUGUACUGUGAUUGUGGAAAACUAUAUUUCACUCUGAAUCUUCUUGUCAAUUUGGGUGCCUUGAGGAAAGCACCCGUCAAAUGGAG